AUGCCAUGUCUGCUCGAUCUGAGCAAUGGAUUCUUGGUGGAUGUGCUGGAUCUUUCAUGCGAUGGCUCUGUGCUAGAGCUUGCGGCGGCCUCUAAAGCCAUGCAGAGUGCAGUCGAAGCUUGCCGAUGGAUAGCACCGGUUUGUAGCAGAUUCCCCUGGCGGCAUCUACAAGGCAAACUCAAGCUGAAUGGGCUCUGGAGAUACUGGGGCCUGGGAGACUUGAAGAGGAAUCCAAUUCCGUUUGCCACCCUAUGCUGCGAAAUCGAGUUUCAAAACUUGGCGGAGGUCAUGGCCUUUCUCCGAGCUGCCAACCACCUUGCAGCUGACACGGUUGAUGGGCAGGUGACUUUUGUCAACAAGUUUGCCUUCGAGGCCGGGGAUGUCGCUCAUCUCUACUUUGGAGAAGAUGACGGCAACGGCAGGUGGUGCUCAGCAGGCCAGACGAAAGUUUUUUUCAAUGGCCGUCCAGUAGAAUGCAGCAUCGAGGCCCAUCGAGACGAAGAAGAAGAAGUCCCCUGGAUUAAUGUGUCUGUAGACCAUGACUUGCCGAUGAAUCCCAUGAUUUCCUGCAGCAGCCUCCAUUUGCCGGAGCUGAGGAUGGAGGCCAGCCUUGGAAGUGUUUAUGAUGUUCACGACCUUCAGGCGGAAUCUCCUCUAACGGAGUUGGUGCGCGCCAGCAAGCCGCUUCCAAUGUUUUUGGGCGUCACGGGGUUUGACGCCGCUUGA